UGGCUCCUUUGAACGCCGGGCCGCGGGGACCCAGCGCCGUCAUGGCCUCCGCGCGCGCGCCGCUCCGCCGCCCCCUGCACCGCGAUGGCAGCGCUGCACGUACCCCCCUGCAAGGAUCUCGUAACGUUAAGCCAUCAGGUGGAGUGGGAAGUUUGCUGUCCUCUGAAGAAUGCCAAGGGGUUGGGAAACAGAAGAGUGAGACAAAUCUGAGCAGUGAGAAGACUGCACCCACCCCACUAACUGCAAGGAGACUCACAUCUCUUGGAUCAACACCAGGUAAUGGGAUUGUGAAGACUAAAAAAGAUGUUCUGCUUCUGAAAGAGAAAAAGAAACAGAAGGCACUGGAGAAGGAGAUUCGUGCAUUAGUGAGAGAACGUGGAGAGCAGGAUAAAAAACUUCGUGCUCUGGAUGAAGAUCUUGUAAAGAUGGAAGCAAAGCUGAGUGCUGCAGUUCAGGAGAAAACCUCUCUUUCAGCAAAUGUUGCAUGCCUGAAGAAACAGCUGCUGGAGUUAACAAGAAGCAAUGAGCUACUCAAGUCAAAGCUGUCUGAAGAUGGUGUGCAGAAGAAAAUGAGCAGCUUGUGCAUGGAGUUGAUGAAGCUCAGAAAUAUGAGGGAUGCUAAGGAAAAGACUGCACUGGCAAAGCAGGAAAACAUGGAAAUGAAGCUGCAGGAAGUGCAAAGGAAUCUAGAGCAUUCAAAAGGAAAAGUAGCACAGUUACAAGAAAAAUUGUCUGCUACUGAGAGAGAGAAAGUUGAAGAAAAGUCUGACACUGAAAAACUCUUGGAAUAUAUUACAGAGCUCAGUAGUGUAGCAGAAACAGCAGAGAAGUACAAACUAGAAGUUGCCCAGAUGGAGGAGACACUGAGUAAGAAAGACCAAGAUAUUGAGAUCCUGAGGAAUACCCUCAAAGCAAAAGAGGAGGAGUCAUGUAAACUGACGAAAGAACUGAAUGAGAGGUGUCAACUGCUUCAACAAGAGAAAGAGAAAGAGUUGUCUGAGGCCAAAGGACAGUUCCUGAGUAUGAGUGCUGAAAUAGAAGACCUGAAAACAAAAAUUGAUUUGGUGGAACAAGAACACCAAAAACUCAUUCAGAAACAUGAGGAGGUCAUCUCUCAGCUGCAGCAAGAGAAGGAGUCAUCUGCAUCAAUGCAGCAGAAGUUACUAGAGUUUGAAGAUGAAGUAACAAGUGAGAGACGUUUUCUGGAAGAAGAACUGAAUGGUACCAUGAAGGAGCUGAAUAAAUUGCAUGCAAAGGAGAAGAAAGCUGAAAAGUUGGUGAAGCGACUGGAACAAGAAAUCAAAUCUCGAGGUCUUGAACUCACACAGAUGGAAGAAGAGUUGAAAGGGAAGAAUGCAGAGUUGGAGCAAAUCAAGGCAGUACAUAGCAGUGCUGUAUUGAAAAUCCAGGAAGAGCACAGCAGUACACUUCAAGAACUUGAAAAGACUAUUGCUGACUUUGAAAGCUACAAGAAAACAUCAGCUGAAGAAAUUUUCAGUUUUAAACUGGAGAAUUCCUCUCUGCGAGAAGAAGUCGCCAACCUGAAAAAAGCAGGCCAAGAGAAUCUGCAGUUGCUUCAGGAAGCAGAAUACACUAAAAACAAAGCAAAUGAAGAAUGUGCAAGGAUGCUUUUAGAAGUCCAGACCAAGCUUGCGCUAAAAGAAGCAGAAACUGAGAGAACAAAAGAGUCUUACCUUGCACAAAUCUCCAAACUUCAGGGAAAACUUGAGGAGCAAACUCAAGACCUGAAAAGAGAACUUGAAGCAGAAAGAUCCAGAAAAAGCGUAAGUGAAGAUGUGACCUCUAACUUAAAGGAAGAGAUAAAGACCUGGCGUAAACUGUAUGAAGACUUGCAUAACAAAGUUAAGCCUUUUCAGCAACAACUAGAUGCUUUUGAAGCAGAGAAGAAUGCUCUCCUGGAGGAGCACGGGGCAGCCCAAGAAGAACUGAAUAAACUGAGUAAUGCAUAUGCUAAACUACUUGGCCACCAGAACAUGAAGCAAAAAAUCAAGCAUGUUAUGAAGCUGAAGGAAGACAAUGCCCACCUGAAGCAGGAUGUCUCAAAGCUGCGUGCAUUGCUUGCCAAGGAAAAGCAAACCAGCAGGCGGCUUCAGGAGCAGCUGUGUGCAGUACAGGGCAUCAAGCAUUUUGAUCCUUCCAAAGCUUUCCAGCAUGAUAGCAAGGAAAAUAUUCCUCCAAAAACACCUUUAAAAGAAGGUAAUAAAAACAAAAUUUGAGGUCUUCUUGGUAUCAAGAAAAUAAAUCACCCAUAAAUUUGUUUGCUCCAGGAGACUUCAACAGAUUGCUUCUUCAAGGUGAACUUGGAUGCUGUAUAUAAUACAAAUCAGUAGGAGCCCUAGAGAAAUGAUGUGAGAUUAUAUAUUUUAAGAAAAACUAUGUUUUAUUGAGAAGCAACAGGUGACAGCACGUUCCUGACUGCUGGUAACAUCAUUACAGGCAUGAACUCUGAAAAGUGUUCACUGUUGGACUUUUUGGGUAUGCUGAGGCUGCUUAGUUAGGUUUUGAACAGAGCAUUUUAACUUUGGAAAAGGAGAAUAAGCACUGGAGAUUAAGAUUACAAAUUAAAUCGGAUUUCAUGUGAGUUUUGGUUUUAUAUGUUUUCAAUAUGGUUUUGUUGCAUCUAUCCAGUGUAUGCAAUUCUAUGAUAAAUUAAUUUUGCUGCUUAUAGCUGCUUUGCUACCAAUGGCAGCAGUACUGCCAAGAGGCCUUUUUACUUCUGUGGCCUACACACUGUAGAACCUGAGUAGAGAUGGGGCUGUACACUUAAUUUUGGUAUUCUACAGGAUCUAUAUUCAGUAUAUAUGAACUUGUAACUCUGGGGCUAGGUCUUGCAGCUAUUGAUCUUCAGAAGAGCAUUUGCAGGUUCAAGUCAAAUUGACUGCAUUUAUCUAAGUGUUUGUGUACUGUGACUAAGAUUAGUGUCUUAAGAGCAAUGCUGUGUCCACUGAACUCUUGAACUGCCAUAAAAUCUUUGUAGGCAGCUGUUGUAGGUGAUCAGUGCUCCAGUGACAGGGAAUAACAACAGAACUUCUCUCACUUGGCUGGGGGGACACCAGAGCUCACAUGCAUUGUACAGACUGGAACUUGGACAAUGGGGAAAGAAUCUGUUAAGCUGCAUUGAAAAUUAAGAACGUUUUAGCACAAUAAAAAUUUUAAAUUAAAGAAUUUGUCCAUUUCCUUUGCAAACAGGUAUAAACCCCAAAAUUACAUUGUAGUGGGAUUCAUCUAAUGUUGUUUUUUCUAGUCUUGUCUUCAAAACAAAGCCCCAUGUCAGUCUUGCCUCAAAAACUACAUAUUCUCUAGUCUUAGGGAAAUGAUUUAGCUGAACUGUACCAAACAUGGAAGCUGCACUUCUCUUAUUUCUCUUAAUAUAAAUAUAAAUACUGAGUUUAAGUCCAAGGUGGAACUGUGGUUUUGUGUGUUUGUGCAGGUAUCUUACACAGAGGUGCUGCAGAGGCAGUACUCAAAGCUUAGGUGGUAGAAUUUAUUUGCAUUUACGCUGACAUCAUGAGUUUACAGAGACUUCAUAAUUCCUAAGAAAUUAUAUACAAAAAAUGCACAUUAAGGAAAGAAGUUGCUAGAUGCUUUCUUUUAAUGUUAUCUUUGUGUAUUUGCUGGAUUACUUGAUCCUUUGAAGACUGAAGAUAAGGAUUAGAUGCAGGUGCUUUAAUUAAGAAAGCACUUGGUAUUCAGCCUGAUUUGUUGAGAGAUUUUGAUAAAGAAGUGGCUAGAAGUAUUUUAUACUGGGGUUCUCUCCUUGUGGAGAGAAGUUGGGAGAGAAGCAGAGGUGGAAGUCUAGGGGAAGUUGAGGACUUUUUGCCUACUUCAGUCUAGGAGGCUUUUUUGCUUUCACGCACUAUGAAAUAAGUAUUAAAAACUGAAACCUUGACGUUUGUAGCUCAACUGACAUUAGUAUUCACUGCAGGAAUCCAUUACUUUGAUGUUGUGGAAGAUUAUUUUAAUUGAAAAAUCCAGCAUUUCACACAAAUCUCUGAUCAUUUGUCAUACUGUGUUGUAGCAAGAGCUGGGCUGUGCUCAGUUGAAAUGUAACAUGAAGAGCUCCUGGAAUUCUCAACCUGCCUGACCUAAUUAGAGCCCUCCUCUUGUUUGCCAUAAAAGACAAACUGUCUAAGACUCAGUGCCAGUGCUUUGAAUGGAUCUCAUGCACACAAUGGCUGUGCUUGCUCACACUGGCUGUUAUGGGGUAAAAAUUUAAGCUCCUACUGAGCUGCUUAAAUGGCACCACUGGGACCAGACCAAAAGCUUAAGAGGAAUCAGAGCCACACGUGAUGCAGGGUUUGGGUGUGUGUGUUGGUUUCAAAGGUCAGCAGAGCCAGUGCUGCUUGCAGUCCAUGUGCUCUCUGCAGGCACAGCAGACAAAGGGACAAGUGCACAGCUGAACUGCAAUCAUUUCCCAGGCUGCUAAUUCCCCCUGUGCUUUGGCAGUGCCUGAAAUGCUGCUGGAAAUGGAGCAGGUAAGGCUCUGCAUAUUCGCAUUAACAGGUUGCUACCACACUUUGGUUACAAAAUCAAGGGAAAAAUAAAUGGGGAGGAGAGAGGGAAACCUAAUUAUGCUGUAGUCUCUGUGAAUUACAGUCUGAAAUGUUCAUUUAAUGAGGGGUCCGUUUAAUCACCCAGGGAUGCAUAAUGCUAAGUGACUGUGAUCUAGACAACAAUACAAUUCUUACUGUAAAAUCUCAGUGUUUCACCCAGUGGAUGUAACCAUAAUAAGGAAAUGGAAAGUAUAGGUAGAACACUACAGAACUUGAGGUAGAUAUUUGAGGAAAAAAAUAGAUUUAUAUAUAAUGAAAAUACAGAAACUGAAUCUAAUUUAACUUAAUCUGGUGACAAAGAUGGUAAGAUUUUUUACAGGCUGAUUUGAUGGUUGUAGCUUGAGAUUUCAGUGUUCAUGCUUUUGCUGUUUUUCUCUUGCUCUGAGC